AGUGGUUUUAAAAUGAAAACCAGCAAAGUCUUAUUAUAUACAAGGUAAUCCAGAUACUCUUUAUUUGCCCAUACUUUAAUCUGAUAAACAUUGCUGCAACAGCAGCUUCAAUCACAGUAGUUAUUUCUGGCCUGUGAACAACUUCAUUGUAGGGUGAAGGGAUGGGAAUGUUUACAGUAGCUGUUUUCUAGUGGGAGAAAAAAAUUGUGUGCAAAACUGACAGUUGAUUUCCUGAGAAUUACAGAAUCUCAAAUGAUUACUGGUUCCAGUUGGUGUUUCAGGCACUGAAAAAAGUUAAAGGGUUACAACAUGUAAUUUCUUGACCACUUAUGAAGAUAAGCAUGUGUCAGACCUCAAAGAGCACAUGGGGAUAGUGAACAAAACAUACAUCUAGCCAUCUCAAAAUUAUGCUGUAACUAGUGAUUCAUGAAGAGCCUCCCAUGGAAGGUUGUACCUGUUUUGUUUUGGGUUUUUUUGUUGUUUUGUGCCAGGAAUGUUCUCCUAUCAGGCAAAACACAGAGUAGUCCCCCAGCUACCAGUCCAGUAUUUCAAGACCCAAAAGAGCUACUGAAAGCAAUCCCUGCCUCGAACACCUUUGUUUCUAAUGCACUGAAUGAGGACAAUGCUACCUCUAACCAUGAGGACCUGCUGACUCCAGCUAAUCUGGCUCCACCUGAGGAGGCUGCUGUUUCAAAGAGCACUCCAGAUGACCAAGACGUUUCCUUAACAUCACUGACAGAGAAUCUAAUUGACUUUACAGAAGCCACACCUCGGGUAAAUGUGUUUCAAAACCAGACUUCUUCCUUCAAAUGUACAGUGUCUUCCCAGCCCAUGAUAACACCUAGGUGGAUAGUGCCAACUGGACUGAUUCCCAAUGGGCCUUUGGGAAAUGAUGUUGCCUUAGCUAUGAAGGCAGUGAAAGGCAGCAUGGAGACCCUGUUGUCAUCAGCUGGAUUGCCACCACCCCAGCAGACAUCCGAAGUACUUGCAAGCCCAGUUUCUGAGGAUGCUACAAUAAGAACAAAGUGUUUACUUACCACUGAACUCUAGAAGAAGGAGUUUCUGCACCUUCCCACCUUGUAAAACUCAAAUCUUCUAACACAUCUCCAAGGAAUUCUUCCAGGAGACUUGCUUGGGUUCAGACUCUUGCUGAACGGGAAUCAAACAGCCUGCUGGUUUGCUGGGAUCCAGGAAGAGACUUCUACAUUUAUUGCAAUCUAACUGGAAUUACAGUCAAAAUCGGAAUGUAAAACCACAUGCACGUUUGAUCUUCUCCCUGGGGAGAAAUGAAAUACCACACUGGAGCUAGUUCUGAACAUGAGGAACGGAAUCUAGUUGUGUUCCACUCACGCUAGGUUUAGUCUUACUUACCCUGUGCUGCCUCUCAGGCAUUAAUGGGAAGCAUUCACUGUGAUGUUAGUGGUGUAGCGUGCGAGCACAGUGCAGUGUGUGAGCACAUACUCCUGAUCUCUCUAGAUUAAUAGUGGAAAGAUUAGGAGAACUUGUAGGGCCACCUCGUGGCCAUGCUAUGUACAGUGGCUCACAGUACUGAUGUCUGCUUCGUACAGCCAAGGAUGUUUUCUUUUGUGUGAUUAUACCCUGGUUUUCCUUUGUUUUACCAACACAUACUCUCCUUUUUGGCCUUAAACCCCUUAAUAAUCCUUGUACCUCUUUUUACAGUACCUGGAAAGAAUGGAAAUCUAGUCCAUCCAUGACCAACUAUGCUGACUGGAUUUGAGCUGCAGUUUGCAACCAGGAAAAGGAAAAUUAACCUGCCAAACAACUUAUAGCAUUAGCAGGCUACACCAGAGGUCCCACAUUUUGACACUGAUUAUUUCAUUUCCUGUAUGACUCAAAAUACAUGUAUUUUAGGCUAGAGGUAUGUCUGUUUUAAGUACUGAAGGAGUGAAGGUAUGAGUACAGCUGACUUCAGGAACUGCUUAUUGGUUAGGUUUGUUGUCAUAUAGGACUAGGAAGGAAAACAAUUUUCUUGUUUCUGGUCAUACUAUUUCUGUGUGUUGUUUCCAGAUGUUGUGCUUUGGGAAUGCUUUUAUCGGAUAUGUUAGCAGUGUGAGGGUGCAACUAGAUCAGUUCUUAACACCACCACGAAUGCUGUUCCAAGUGUCAUCUAACAGUUUUAUGUGGGACAAAGAAUAGAAGGAAUGAGGUGAAAACAGGAAAAAAAGAUUAAAAGUUCCUGUAAGCAGUUCACUGCUUUGCAGAACAAAGGUGGAGGCACUUGCUGGUGAAGGCCUUUUGGUGCUCAGGUGAAGUAUAGUAUAAAACAUGUACAGUUUGAAGAGAUCAUUUUAAUCCUGGGCAGCAGUAUCCCCAUGUGGCUAUGCAGAGGUGAGCAUAUGAACCUGAGGGAUACAGCCUGUGAAAAAGGCCAGUGCAGAAUCAGAGGGAGGAGAAGUAUAGAAGCCCAAUGGUAAAACUCCACAUCUGCUAACAGGGGAGCACAGGUGAAACAACUGGGAUCUUUCUUAGGAAGAGGUUUGUACAUAGGGGUGAGGUUAGAGGGUGUUUUCUGCACGCUGCUGUUUAUAAAUAUUUAUAUACAUGUGGUUUUUUAAAACAAUUUUAAAUGUGACAGUUGGUUCUGGAACCUGUAUGCACAGCUUCAUCUCUGCACACUGGUUACAUGCACAUGUCUCAGCGUAGACACAGAUUUGGACCAAACAACUGUGGGCUGUGCAGGUCAGCUGGUGCUCGGCUAGGCUGCUGCUUUCAGACUGGGGCGUUCUUACUGCUGCUCUUGUGCUCUUGUUUGCAAGAUGUUGAAUGAGAGCAUUAAGGAAGAAGCCACAUGGCAUUUAUGUGGCCUACUGCCACUCCUCAAAACCCCUGAGGCCUUAAUAGAGAAACAUAGAUACUGUGGGCGCUCUUGGGAGCGCCAUGCCAGAGUGAUUCUCUGCAAACAAUGAUUUGCAGCCAUUGCUUCAAGAACCAGAAUUCAAGACUAGGGGUAGACUCCUUAGCCCCUUUCCAGCCAGCGCCUAAAGCUCUGUGCGGGUGGGCUGCCCGCUCCCUGCACCGCCAGCCAGAGCAGAGCUGCUGUUCUGGGCCAGGUGGAGGUCCUGCUCACCCACCACUCAGCUCUGUCGGCGUUACGUCCAGUUGAGUAUUGGCUUCUUUUUGUAAUCUUAAGUCUGAGCCUUAUUGCACAUUAAAAUGUACAAAGUUCCCGAUUCAAAUAUCAAAUGUCUUAGUCUGGAUUAAAACCACAAUUGCCAGCAAAGUUCCUGCAGGAAAAGGGAAGCUGUGGCUGCGACAGCCUGCUUCCUGCACAAAGCCAGUACUGUGUGGGGAAACUUGGCACGUGCUGUUGAUCUGUUUGCUCAGCAGCUGAGCUGGCGUUUGCCAGCUACAUGUGUUGGUUUUGUAAAUAGACAGAAUGCAGCAGCGUUUUCUUUAAGGCAUGUUUGAUAUUUGACUCUUCCCAUUGGGUUCAGGAGCUCUGUGAACUGUUUGUUAGCUUGAAUCCCUCCCAAAAGUAGAAUAGCAGAAGCUUACGGUUUUACAAUAUUGCAUGUAGAACACUAUCCUUGGAUUCCCCCUGAGCAACCCCAUACAGCAAAGAACAAGUAAAUAACACGUGUAGUGAGUGUGUCCCCCUAAAAUCUAAAUGAUUCCAAGCAGCCAACUGUUCUGUUUCACCAUGGGUGGGAUGAUGGUGAUUGGAGGGGAAUGUUGUAUUUACACACAUGUGCACACACACAGAAAUUUCAAAGGGUCAGGGUUUUCCUAAAUUUUCAGAGGACUGGUACUUGAAACUUUAUUUAAAAGUUCAGAAUUUUCAGCUGUUAAAUUGGGGACUUGCCAUUUCUAGUAGAUUUGGGGCUGUAAACACAAUUCUUUCCAGACAUAUCUGAUACUUGGAAGAAAUACUCUGUUUAACUCAAUGUAGCUUAUUUAGCUAGUCCAAAUCACAGCUUACAUAGGGAGCCCGGUGAAACCGAGGCACCACAGCUGGGUGAUCUGAACACCCCUGUACUUUGGCAUCACUGUUUUGCUUUAAAACUAUAGUGUUGUGUCCUGACUGGCCAACAGGUAGCAUAGUGUUGUUACUCACCACCUGCACUCUGUCAGACACAAACAAGUGUCGUAGUUCCUACAGUUAGUGCUAAUAGCUGUUAAUGCCUGUCUGCUACUGAGGAAGAGGGAUUUUCUCACCAUUGCUCUGCUAUUGAUUGAUUGGCUGUAAGGCCCAAUCAUCUAAAAUUUAUUUUUUUUAGUAUAUUUAAAGAGGUUUCUAAAUAAACCUUCUGUGUGAAUCUGGUGUUGGGAUGUUGGCAGGACUGCCAGCCUCUUCGCAGGUGGAAGAGUUGACAGGAGUGAAUGAACACGUGUUCUGUUGGAGGCAUUUGGAAAAAGCCAGCUUCCUGACUUAAAAAAAGAAAGUAUCUACUUUUUUCCUAACAAAGUUGUCCCUUUCUGACUUACUAACAUGUCUCAGCCCUCCCCAUUAAUUGGCCUUGUACCCUUUUGCUGUGGGCACAUGCAGUGCUCAUCAGACAGAUGCUUUUUUUAACUUUAUAAUUAAAAUAUAAACUAAAAAUGCAAGUGAUUUGAUCUAAAAGUGAUUUUACUCCAGUCACGCUCCAUAAGUGAUUGGAAUAAAAGGUUUUAUAGAAAUUUUAACAUUUACAAUAACAGAGACACCCUGGUCCCUAUCUUAAACUAUAGAAUCUUGGGGAGGUGCUGAUCUUAGAACUGCAUUUCAAGCUCACCCGUUCAGUCCGACAGGCAGAGACCAGAGCAUCUGCACGUGCUGACUAUGUGGUGAUACAGGUGAUGGUCUGACGAGCUGGUGAAAUGGAUAUUGAAGUGUGGGAGUUCAGGCCCUCUUACACUUGAAUUAAGGGAAUCUUCAGCCGUAAUAGUAAUGGGGUUUAAAAUUAGGUGAGUUGUAUGACAUAAAAUAAAUACCUGGUAAUCGGUCAUGGUUAAUGAAUUAGCUAGAAUGUAUGUGAUUUUAAACUUAAAUUCCAUGUACAUUUUGUCAAAGGCAGCUGUGUAAAAGCUAUUUGUUGGGCAAUUUUUUGGACACAACUUUGACAAGAAAAUUUGCAGCACCAUUGGAGGAGCUCAGGCAAACAGUCCAGUUACAUUUGAGUCUCUUUCCACAAACUAUUUUCAACCCUUGCCUGUUACCCUGUUGUCUGCACCUUGCUCAUUCUUAUUUCUUGAAGCAAACAUACUGUUAAGAUCAGCAUGUCCAUUGCAAACAGCAGUGGAUACAUUUUUCACAUGGUGAACAUACUCUGGUACAACCUAGACCUUCUCCAGAUCGUUAGCAGUUACAUUGCACAGCCAGCUAGCAUUUAAAGCUCUACAGGUGCACAGAGCAUUUGUUAGUCUAGAAAGUUGUAGUGUGUAUAGCUAGCUUUUAGACAUGGUAACAUCACAGCUUUCAAAUGCAGCUGGACAAUCAUGACUUAUACCAAAAAAACCCCCAAAUAACCCAUGCUAAUGGCCUUUCAGCGGUGCAGGUGUAAUCCCCAUGUGUUUGGGCUGUGUCGGCACCAUGGAUGCGAGUCCUGGCCCUUGCUGCCAGGCCCAAGCGGAGGCAGCACUGGUGUGAUUUCAUUCGGGGUGCUCAGGAGGAAGACCCACAGCCUGUGGCAGCCAGGAUCCACUGCUCAGCAUCGCGUGGGGUUGUGUGCACAAGGAGCGGGUACUACCCCUGUGGUGAAGUUGGACGCUGCGCAGCAGGGACCUGUGAGAUUCGCCUACAAAACUGACUCCUCUUUACUGUUCAGCUUGAGCACUCUGCUUCAUAAACACUCACCCCCAUAACUGGACAAACUUAUUUUUAAAGUAUGUAAGAAUAUUUUUUUAGCUAGGUUUUUUUUUUGUUAAAACCACACUAACUACUGUAUUUUUACCUUUUAUAUGUAAAGCUUGGCAAUAGCUCUCAAUGUAUAAUUUAUUUGUUUUUUUUUUUAUAAAACAAAGUGCACCCUCUUGCUUCUGUUUCACAACAGUAGUGAUGUAUGAACUGCUUUAGGCACUGCACUAAGAUCUGUAUUGAAACUGUUCAUGGGAACAAGAAACUGUGAUCUGUAGUCCAUUCUACCAAGUCUUGAAAUGUUUCUACUGUAGUUUUGUCUCAAAUAUACCACAUCAGUGCAAAAGUCUCA